GAGUGAGCGAGCUUCUUUCUUCACUCUCCCAUCUUCGUUUCUCAGUCCUCAGUUUUCUUCUCUCUCCAUCUUCUUGGUUUCUCAGUCUUCUCAGUCAGCAGCAGUCAUUUCUCAGCAAAAUCCUAAAAAACACAGAGCAUCAUUAUCAGCUCAAACAGAAGAGAAAAUGGUGAGAAAAAUAUCCAAGAAUGAAGAGAAGAAGCAUUCAUUUUUCAAGCUUCUCGCUGGUUUCAACACUGACUCUGUGCGUAUCCCACAAAAGUUCUUGAAACAUAUGUUGAAGGACUUGUCGGAGAGAGCGAUAUUGAAACUGAAGGAUUCGUCAGAUUCUUCAUGGACUGUUACAGUGAAUAAGAGAAGAGAAGGUGCUGUGUAUUUCAAGAAUGGCUGGGAGGAGUUUAUAAAGGAUAACUCCUUGGGCACUGACAAUGAGAUGCUACAAAUUUUCUAUGAGGGAAAGAUGCAUUUCAGCAUAAGGAUUUUUGCCAAGAAUGGGAUCGAGAGAACUGAAGAACUUUCAAGUUCCGAGGAAGAGGAGGAAGAUUCUGAAGACAACACAUCUGAGGAUUUGGAAGCUGAUUUUACCAAGAUUGGAUCACUUCACAACUCCACCUUUGCUAAAAAUACUACUAAAAGGCCUCGUGGUAGACCAAGAAAAUACCCUGUGAGUUCUUCGAAGCCUUGUCCAUCGAAGUCUUGCAAAGUUGAAUCGGGUGAAGAACUUUCAAGUUCUGAAUCCAUUGAGCUCAAUGAGAUCAAAGAAGAGGAGGAAGAUUCUGAAGACAGCACAUCUGACGAUUUGGACGGUGUUGAGCCUGAAGCUUUCAAAUCUAACUUCCCUUAUUAUAAAGGCAUCGUCAGACAAACUAAAUGUCAGUUCAUCCCCACAGCCUUCUCUAGGGAGCAUUUUCCUCAAGGCAAAAGUUUUAAGGCUAUGCUGAAAAAUGCAGAGGGGGAAAAAUGGACCGUGAAUUGUAUCCCUAAUUCCCCUCAGUCACACAACUUUUCUGCAGGGUGGUAUAAAUUUGUAUCUGCUAACCAAAUCCGUAUCGGGGAUACUUGCAUAUUUGAGCUUUUGAGCCGGUACCAGAUGAUGGUUCACAUUUUGAGGAAGAGAUAAUGUGAUAACUUAAGCUAAUUUUAAUGGCUUUUUUGUUACUGCUUAAUGUUGUAUUGCAAAUAGUUAGUUAUAUUUCGGAUUAAGAAGUUGGAUAUUGGUGCAAGUCUACUAAUUUUGUGUGUUUAAUAGUUAGAACUUAAUCAGUUCUGGAUUACUUGUGAUCUCAAAUCUAUUUCUAUAUAAUCCUUUACAUAGAUGAAGUUCAACAAAAUAUUCGAUCAGUUGAAGUUGGUGAUCAUUUGGCAGAAAAUUUAUA